AUCCCGUUCACACACGCGUGUGUCUUACUGCCUUAAAAAAUAUUUAUUGGCAUGAAGUCUGAAAUAACUUUACUUCUGUUGACAAUAGGUCUUUACUUUCGGAAUGGGAACUGCUUAGAAAAUAAUACAAAUAGUCGCGAGAGGCGUCAAGUCGCUAGUGAGAAUUUGUUCCUAUUUGGAUUAGAUCGAAGUCAUGUAGAAGAGAACCGAUAUUACAACCAGUAUGAUUUCAUCAUAGCGGGAUCAGGUCCAGGUGGAUGUGCCCUAGCAAAUCGAUUAACAGAAAAUCCCAACUGGCGAGUGCUUAUAAUAGAAGCAGGAGAUGUUGAAACACCUUUCCAAAGUAUUCCUGUUGCAGCUCCUUACCUUGUCUUCUCAAAGUACAACUGGGGAUAUGCUGCUGAGCCCCAGAAAAAUGCUUGUACAGGACGACAAGGAAGUCGAUGUGCAACACCGAGAGGAAAAGCUUUAGGCGGUUCCAGUGUAAUUAACUUUAUGAUGCAUACUCGAGGAAAUCCAAGAGAUUUUGAUAGAUGGGCAGAAGCUGGAAAUUAUGGAUGGAGCUAUAACGAAGUGUUGCCAUACUUUAUGAAGUCAGAAAAGGCUAGCAUAGGGAAAUAUUCAUACUCUCCUUUUCACAAUAAAAAUGGCCCGUGGAGUGUAUCCUUCAACAAAGACCGAACACCAUUUGUUGAAGCUUUUAUGGUAGCAAAUAAAAUGAUGGGCAUGCAAGAAGUAGAUUACAACAGUGACCAAAAUAUGGGUGUCUCAUAUGUGCAAUCAAAUGUUUUAAAUGGACAGAGACAUUCAGCAUAUAAAGCAUUUUUAGAGCCAAUACUUCAUAGACCUAAUUUGCAUAUUUUAGUAAACACGAGAGUAACGAAAAUCUUGAUUGAUCCAACAACUAAAAAUGCUUAUGGUGUUCGAUUCCGAAGGAAUGAUAAGAACUUUAAUGUAAUAGCUAAAAGGGAAGUAAUUUUAUCAUCUGGAACUUUUCAUACUCCGCAACUUUUAACAUUAUCUGGGAUUGGAAAGAAAGAAUCAUUAGAGCAGCUCGGAAUUCCAGUGAUUAAAGACCUUCCCGUAGGUGAUAAUAUGCAUGAUCACGUUGCACUUGCCGAACUGACUUUUGUUACGAACAAGACUUUAAACUUUCCAUUCAUGACCUACCUCAACAAUUUUUUUCAAUUCUUCAGUGGACGAGGGUUAAUGACCUUACCAAGUGGCGUUGAAGGCUUCAGUUUUAUCAAAGUACCGACAAAUAACAGUUUUGGACCGAAUGUUCCUGAUAUUGAAUUGAUAUUCAUCCCCGGAGGCGUUCACUUUGACAGAGGCUUUGGAAUUGUGAAUGGCGGGAGAAUGCAAAGAGAAAUAUACGAUAGAGUCUAUAAGCCAAUGGAAGGAACGAGAAAAGACAUUUUUAUGAUUUCAUUGAUGAUGUUCCAUCCAAAGUCAACUGGUCGUGUGAGAAUUCCAAGUGCAAAUCCUUUAGAUGAUCCAAAAAUCUACGAGAAUCUCUUGGAUGAUCCAGAAGAUGUUGAAACUAUUUUAUAUGGCAUUAAAUAUGUUUUAAAGUUAAUACAACAAGAGCCAUUUCAACGUUUUGGAACUAGACUUCAUUCGAUUCCUUUACCACAAUGUGCAUACCUUCAUUUCGCAUCAGAUAAUUACUGGAGAUGUGUCAUUCGAAUGAUGGCAUUUUCAAUUCAACAUCAAGUCGGAACAUCCAAAAUGGGACCAAUCACAGAUCCCACAGCGGUCGUCGACCCAGAAUUAAAAGUUCAUGGAGUUAGUCGAUUACGCGUUGUUGAUACAUCAAUUGUUCCGGAAUCUCCAACAGCGCACACGAAUGCAAUAUCUGUAAUGAUCGGUGAAAAAGCAGCUGAUCUAAUUAAACGUGAUUGGGCUAAUCAGUAAAAUAUUUGUAGUUCAAAGUAUUUUUAAUAUGCUGUAUAUAUCCAAAGAUAAGUUUCUAUGUAAAUAAAGUUUAAUAUUGUUAAUUAAUUGGA